AUUAGCCCUGCCAUUUCUGACUAUGGAAAUUAGGUGGUGACUUCAGCUACUAGUGCCUCUCCCCAGAAACGGCGUCUUUCAGGAUAGCACUCGCUGACAGUCCUACGACGCGUGCAUUCUUCAGCCUUGUCAUGGCGUGGAGCCUUAUCGUAAGAAUAUCCAAGGUAAUAUGGGAUAUUUUCAGCCGCAUACUACUCGUAGCCACUGAUAUGGCUAUAUGGGUCGGCACUCUGCCAUACUACCGCUUUUAUCGGCAUAACACUAUUGAACCUUUGAAGAAAAUCUCUACUCUCGCCUGCCAACCAUUAAACUCUCGAAAAGUGUUAAAGGAAAUAUCACGCUGGAGAGCGCGAAAGCUUACAGAGCUGCAGUUUAUAUCCAUUGCAUGCGCCAUCGUAGCUGCUGCGGUCAUCGGCGCAUUCUCCUGGAAUACCGUCGUCGAUGCAUACUGGCUUGCCCAUGCAUUAUGGCACGGUAGCCUCGUUCUUUCCAUUCUCGGGAUUCUCCUCGCAGCUCAGCAAAUCGCAAUACUUUAUGCUCUCGGGCCUUUGCCCAGAGUCACCAAACCGGAUCAAGCCGACGCUGCGAUCCAGAGGUACUCUCCACUGCUGCUUUCGAAAGCCAGUAAGCAGAUCUUCCAAGUAGAGUCUCAAUCAAAGAAGAGUGUACAGCCGAGGAAGAAGAUGGUAUUUAUCUGGCAGUGCCCCAUGAUGCUCAUGUCGUACUCUGUCACUGCAUUUCUUGCGGGUCUGACAAUACUUGUCUGCACGCCAUUGAUACGAAGAGAUGAGUGGAACUCUGGGUGUAAUAUAGCCGUUAUGUAUCUGACAAUUUCUGCUAUAUCGAGUGCGGCGUUUCUCUUCUGCUCAUUUUGGAUUUUUCAUUACGUUGAUUUAGAGUUUGCAACGAGCGAUGAAGAGGAUGAAGAGGAAGAUUGCCCGGAUCCUGAUUUCAUAGCUUCGCGUAUGAUACUGGAGGCGCCGGUUGAUCAUGCGAGUAUUCAAACGUCUUAA